GGGUUGAGGGUGGGAUAUUUAUGUGGUCCGUGGUGGAGAAAUGGCUCUGGAGGGAUGCAGAAUGUGGACUUUUUGCCCAGUGGACACCUGAGCAGUCACAGCAGUCGCAUCUUUUGUGCUGUCUUCCAUAUUAAGUUUGAUUGCAGAGCCCACAGCGCGGCCAGGAUGAUGCUUAGCAACCAAUGGAUUGUUGCCAUGGAGACCGCAGGAGAUGCAGAUCUGAGGACCUUGUGCAGGAAGCAAGUGCGCAUGAGCGAUCUUCAACGCCAGUUAGCCAGCUCAGUGUAGCUCAGAGGAUCAAGGCUGUGUGUGUGACCCGUGCUGACUGGAGCUGGAGCUGGGCCUAGGCACAGAGUCCUGGCCUCUUUGGGGCCAGAGCCCGCGCCUGGGAAAGCAGCUGUGCUCCAGGCUCCUGUCCUUGGCCUGGGUGACUUGUCAGAAGCGGGGGAGGCCAGAAUAUCCCUGUGAACCUGUGGAGCGCCAGGCUCCAGGAACAGGCGAGGGCUGAUUGCACCAUAUUCGGAACACGCACAGGCAGAGCAGGAAGAUGUCAGAGCCCGCGGCCAUGAACCUGCUGGAGGAUUGGUGCAGGGGCAUGGGAAUGGACAUCCACAGGUCCCUGUUGGUCACUGGUAUCCCUGAGCAGUGUAGCCACGCAGAAAUUGAAGAGACCUUGAAUGGGGUCCUUUUGCCACUGGGCACAUACCGUGUGCUCAACAAAAUUUUUUUGAGGCAAGAGAACGUGAAGGCUGCUCUAGUUGAGGUUAGUGAGGGUGUGAAUCUGAGCACUAUACCCCGGGAGUUCCCAGGGAGGGGCGGUGUCUGGAGAGUGGUCUGCAGGGGCCCCACUCAGGACGACGACUUUUUAAAAAAUCUGAAUGAAUUCCUGGAUACCGAAGGUCGCACUCGGGAGGAUGUGGUGCGCCUCUUGCGGCUUAACCCCAACCCACCACUCCCGAAUUCAAACCAGCCUCCACCGAACUGGGCAGAGGCCUUAGGGUUGCUCCUGGGUGUAGUAGUACAGGUCAUUUUCUACAUGGAUGCUGCAAUCCGUAAUCGGGAGGAAGAAGUGAGGGCUGAGGAGGCUGCUGAGGCUGAGUUGAUGGCGGCUUGGGCUUCCACAGCGAGGAGGAAAGUAAAGAAGGAACCCGGGCUGGGCGUAGAAGUGGGCUCAACUUUCAAGAUGGAGGACCGAAAGUACUGGAAGAACACAGAGGACCAUGGUGACCCUCCAAAACCUCUAGUUCGCAGGGCUGGAGGUAAAAUUCGCUCCAGGAGAAGGAAGCAGAAAAAAAAUCCCAAGCAGGAACCAAUAUGCUGGAGAAAACCCCAAGGCGGCAAUUACAGCAGCAGUUACAGUAAGGCUAACUUGCAAGCCGGUGAAGCUGCAGCUGCCCCAAGCUCAGAGAUCCCAGAGUCUGUCAAGAGCAACAAAAAACCCUUUGUGAAGCAGGAGGAGACAGUCUGGAAGAAGAAAAGGGUCUGGAGGGAUCCCAGCGAUCUUCCUCGGAGUGUGCUGCCCACGGCUGACAGCUCCGGGAAUCUAGAGGAUUCAGAUCAAGAUGGCGGACCCGAGAACCCCCCAAAGAAGAAAGCCAUGAUCUGGGCCUCUAACAAGAUCCCUGCCCUCACGAGGAAGAAGAAGAAGAUGAUGGGCAUGGGCGCUCUCUCUUAUGUGCUGGUUGAUUCUGAAGCCACCAAGAACAAAAGAGCGAUUCUGAAGAAAGGGCCUGGUUCUAGAAGGGUUGUGUCGAUUCCUCGGGGAACCCAACCUGAUGAUGUACCUGCUUCAACAUCCAGGGCUCAGAAGACCAAGCUGGGAGGCUUCCCUCGUGUCUCCAAAGAUUCCAGGAAGCUAUGAUUUGGGGAACCCUGUACCCAAGGAGGUUGGAAGAGCGUCAAAGAAGAAGGAUCAACUUGGAAGCAAACUUUUUCUUUGUGGUUGAAUGAAACCUGACUGUGAACCAUUGGGGGGCCCAGUGUGCGUGUGUGGGUCUGACCCACACAGGCAAUGGAUGUAAGGUGGGGGAUCCUGUCUGCGGGAAACUCUGUCAUUUCCAGAGUUGGAGCCACUUUUCAUCUCUGCACACCCUCAAAGGUGGACCAGGUAAUAAGUAGCUUUGGAAAAUUCUAGAAAGUUCUUUCCCUUUGCCCACAAGGGGGCUCACGGUAUUGCGCACCCACAUUCAGCCUUUGUUCUCCUCUACCCCUGCUUUUUCUUCUGGAGGCACAGCCUGCCUGCCUGCUCAGCCUGCCGUCCAGAAGGGAAGGUAGACAUUUUGUCCCUUGCACUGUACACAUUUGGUAAGUUGGACCUUGCUCUUUGAAGCGUGCUGUGUGGAUUUUUCGAUGUUUACCCUCCAGCAGCCUAAAUGGAAAUUGAGGUCCCUAGAGUCAGUUCUGGAAAAAAACAAAUAUCUGCCUGCCCUUGAAUCUUUCAGUUUUCAUUGUCUUUAAAGAAUACUAGGGGCAGGGAAGAUGGUUCAGUGCACGGUAGGGCUUGCAGUACAAGCAUAAGGACUCAUGUAAAAGUCUGACUGUGCCUGCACAGCACCUGACACCAGCAUCAGGGGGUGCAGACAAGUAGGCUCCAAGAGCUUGGGGGCCAGCCAGCCUGUCUGAAAUAGUGAGCUUCUGGGCUGGGGAAUCCCCUAGUGAGGGGCUAGGGAAGGGUUUUGCCACCAGGCUAGGGGCCUGGCUCGGUGGUAGGGCCCCUGUCUUGAAUUCCCCAAUAAGGGGCUGGAGGCCUGGUACAGUGGUAGAGCCCAUGCCUAGAAUCCUGCAGCGAGGGGGCUGGGGGCGUGGCUCAGCACUACAGCUCCUUCCCAGAAUCCUCUAGUAAGGGGCUGGAGAUGUGGCUUAGUGGUAGAGCCCUUGCCUAGCAAAUGCAAGGACCUGGGUUCCAUCUCCAGAAUCAAUAAGAAACAAAAUGGAAUAAAAAUGGCACUUUAGUUCCCAAAUGCGGCGAUACCCUCUCUAGAAGCCUGGGGGGGGGGGGGAGAUGAGAGGUUGAUAGAGAGAAUUCAAUUUUCACCUCUAAUUCCGUUGACCUCUACAAGAACCUCUCUGUCUUUGAGUCUUAAAUCACCUGCUCACAUUAUA